AUGGCACAGGGCUACUACCUGGAUCAGGAAGUGUGCUUGGUUGCCUCUUCCUAUUUACUCUGGUCUAGUCUGCAUAAUCAGCCUCUGUAAACACUAGAUACUGAUACAGAAGCUGGCGGUGGUGGUAUGUGAACCAUUUCAGCAGGGCUGGGCUGCAUGGAAGACUGUGUAAUUCCUCCACUCCUCCCUAGACGCUUCAGUCGAGGAUACAUGCUGUUGUUUUUCUGCAGUCAUGAUGCAAAGGAGGCUGAAGUGUUCUCCAAACACUGACCUAGGGUCAGCUUUCCCUCUUGGCUUUCCCUUCCAAUCCCUAGCCUAGCUGAACUGGAAGAAGUCAUACAUAUGCAGUGUAUGACAGAAGACCGUGGAUCUAUCUCUGUAGAGGGAGAGCCUCUAGUCUACCCACACAUAGCUUGGCUCAGACAUCAGGGAGAUAACUGUUCAUGUGUUCUGUCUGAGGAAAGUCUCUUUUUGAGGGAGUUGGUGAGAGGGACACACUGAGGGUACUGUACUGGGACUGGGAGUGUGUUACUGUAGGAGAGAGUCUGAUUUACAAGGAGACUAACCUCAGAACUCAGCUAAACUGUCUGUUGUUCUGGUAUUUAAGCUCCAGAUUAACUAGACACCUACAGCCAGAAAUCCCACCUGGCUUCACAUGUUUGUAUCACAUUUGACUUGGUUUGGAUUUACAAGGCUGUUGGUUUUGUGCUAGAUGGGAGAAACUAUGCAGUGUGCCUUAUUGCUUUUCAGAUAGGCUAUAUGCAAUGAUAAGAGACCAUGCAGGGCGUGUGUAGUAGCAAUACAGGAAAGAUAGUGUGUGAAGAAUCACCUUCCAGACAUUGGAAUUCCUGUUACUAACCCUUAAAGGAAGAGGAUUUUCUUUACUCAAUGGUGGAUUUAGUGUAAUAAUACCAUAAUAACACAGGGUCUACUACUCCUGCAGUCCCCUCUCAUCUUGGACAGUGUUCUGGUAGGAUGCCACAAUCCAGGAAGCAGGAGAUCCAGGCUCAUUUUAGACCUCUUCAAUCAGUAACUUGAGAAUGCCUUAAACUGUUCCUCUAUUGAGGAUUACCGGUACUUUGUAUCCCAAAUCUACCCCUGGGCAUCACAUUAUUAUAUUCAUCAAUAGAUCUACAGGAGAGCUUUAGGUAGGGGCUAGGGGUCAACCUGAGUCUUUAAAAUAAUGUGUAUAACUCAACCAAUGUGUUAACUGUUUGUGUCUUCCGUCCAGGUGUCCUAGUGUGUUCUGGUUCUACCCCAGAGAUGGCACAGCGGAGCGGGCAGGAGGACCCGGAGCGGUACCUUUUUGUGGACCGCGCCGUGGUCUACAACCCGGCCACGCAGGCCGACUGGACGGCCAAGAAACUUGUAUGGAUCCCAUCGGAGCGCCACGGCUUCGAGGCGGCCAGCAUCCGUGAGGAGCGCGGCGACGAGGUGGUGGUGGAGCUGGCUGAGAACAGCAAGAAGGCCAUGGUGAACAAGGAUGAUAUCCAGAAGAUGAACCCUCCCAAGUUCAGUAAGGUGGAGGACAUGGCCGAGCUCACGUGUUUGAACGAGGCCUCAGUGCUGCACAACCUGAAGGACCGCUACUACUCGGGCCUCAUCUACGUAAGUAGGAUAGAAGUCCUGCUUUUUCUGACUUGAGAAAAUCAGGAGUAGGCUUCUUUACCUUACAUUGGUAUCUUAUUGAAGUGGACCAGUAGCCUUUCCCCUCCCCUUUUUGGGAUAUUGUACCCAACUACCCAUCACAUCAAUCAGCAUUGUCCAAUACCAAACCCACAGAGACCCCCAAAACCAUUUGUCCUUAGAUAUACCACCAUACUCCAGGUUCUAAUAAGUUGGCAAUGGUAUAAGCAAUGUCCCAGAUAACCAGUGUUUCCCCUGUGAUUACGGCCCACUUAGUGACAUGACAUGCAUUCCUGGAAUAGAUGGAAUGUCAGUUGGCCGCCUGAGACCCAGAGAGAAGGGAGGACAACUGUGAUUGCCUCCACAAUUCCACGGCACCAGCUAUUCCUGUGGUUCUCUCCCCAGGUGGCUGCAAUAAGAGGCAGUAAGAGAGCUUGGGGGAUGAGGUCAUUUUGGAAUGUUAAUGAAGCAGAGGUUUUAUUUUCACACUCACAUUGACUCACUGCAAGGUGCAAUAUGAGGGGAUGUAUGAGGGAUUUAAUGUUUAUUUUUUAAUGGAUUCUGAGGCUUGUGGAGUGGUCCUAGUUAAUGGCAUGUUGGCUGAUGUGGGAAUAUGUCAUUAGUUCCCAUGGGUUGCAUUAUAAGCCCUUUAACCCUGACUGCUCUCAAUAACAAACAUUAACACGCUCCAAUGCUCUAAGGCAGGGUUAACCAACUGGCGGUCCCCGGCCCGAUAUAAAAAAGAAAUGUGGUUUUUAUUUUUUAUUUUGUUUUAUUGUUGGACAUAGCUAAAAUACUGUUAAAACACCAGGAAAUCAGCUCCAAGUCAUUUUAAUUUUGGAAAUCUGUUCAAGUAUUCCCACACAUAAUAGAGAGACACAUGGGAUCCUAUACAAAUGUAAGCAAGGUUUGAAAUGAUUAUGUUUUAGUCAAAUAUUAUAUCAGUUUGAGCUUCUUGCUAUAAAUGAUUUGUAAUUAUGUACCAGCCGCUCAAUAACAUUUUUUGUUGAUCCCUGAUUUAGGGCUAGGGAGGUUACUACUACUAGUAACAAAGCGGGCCAUGUUGUCAUAGUAAUUGCCCUGCUAGAAAUGACAAGAAGGCCUCUCGACCCAAACCCUAUGCCCCGUCCAACACACUCCCCGGCUGGGGCUGGAUUGCUAAGCGAGCUCCAGGCUUUAGUGAGGCCCUGUCGGUGCUCCAUCCAUCCAUGUGGCUAGUAGUGCUAAUGUAAUGGCUCCCUGCCAAUGGGCCUGGUCUAUGCAGUAAUCAGCCAGCCAGGGAGGGAGGCCCAUGCUGAGUCAUUCACACAGACUAACCGUACCGCCAUCACAGGGCUCUUUGUCUCUCAGCAGAUAAGCAACAGCUGUCCCUGAAUAACUGGCAUAUUUUUGACCUUCAGUAGUACUGUACCAAACCCACUACUUGAUUAGAAAAUAACUCCCUGUCAAGUAGGGCUGACCCCAUUUAGUCGACUGGUCGAUUGUUUGGUCGUAAAUAGAUUUUAUUUUUCAUGGUGCACAAGACACCUGUCUAUUUUGCGCCUGUCUCAGUGGACUAAUCCAUUGCGGAGGCCACGGAGAUGGCACAGUCCAUCACUCUUAAGACAUGUGCUACUGAAAUUGUAAAUGGUUAUAUAAUGUAAGAAUAAUGGUGCAACACUAAUAAAUAUAAUUUUAUAACAAAUGCGCUUUCUCCCGUGAGGGAUAGCGGUCGCUGUCCGUGGUUCUGAAACGUAAUCUUCAGCGUGCCGUUGAAUUGGCAUCUUUCCCUAUAUGUUGCUAUUUGAAUAAUGGCGAAGUUAACCAUGCAUAUUGGUGUUGAGAACAAUGCGGCGGAGGCAGCAGCGGAGUGAGGAAAUGAGGAAACAUCCCUUGGUUUAAUUGUCUAAGAAAAUUGAGGAGAGAGGAAACCCCAACUUAAUUAGGUCUAUAAUCAAUAGCCUAACUGUUAAACGUGCCUGGCUUUAUAAAUCAUCCAUAUAUAUCUACAUUAUAUAACCAAUAAGACAGAUCCUGCUUCUGUUGCCAGAAUGAGUGUUUAUUUAAUAGCCUACUGAUUCCGUGAACACCAAGCCUCACGGAACCUCAAAAUGUAGAAUAAAGCAAUUUCACAAAUUCGGCUGUUUUUAAUCUUUGCUAUGCUGUAAUAAAGGCUUUACAACACUUUUUUCGUUAGAACAGAUUCUCUGGUAUUACUUUUCAUUUAUUUACUGUUGUUUACACUGUUCCAAACGGGCUGAAAAAUUAUAUGGUAAUCAAACAGCACCUGUUUGUCACACAUAAUGUGCACGCAGCUCUCGCUCCUAUACCCUCCUUUUUCUUGAUCUCCUUCUUCUUAUUGUUAUUAUUACAAUUAUUAUUAUGAUCACCAUUAUAAUAAGUAAUGUCAUUAUCAUCUGAAACCAUACCUCUUCAAACAGUAUCUUAAAUAAUCAUCCUCCUUACCUCGACACCCUCCCCCCCACCAAAGAAAACCUGAACCCCCCCUUUCUAGCUCUGACUCUACUUAUAGCUACUUUAUUGAGGAAAAAUUUACUUUCUAUGCCUGUGAUAUGUGGUUGUCCACCUAGCUAUCUUAAGACGAAUGCAACUGGAAGUUGCUCUGGAUGACUAAAAUCAAAACAAAUGUAGGCUUCUUAUAGUAGUAGCCUUGUAUAACCACCAUCGAUCUGUUGGCCUAAGAGCGCGUCCUGUUUAGUCUUAAUACCGUAACUUAUAUUUCAAUAUAUAGGCCACAGUAUCAAUCAAUCAAUCAUUCAUUCAUGUCAUCACACAGCAUACGAGUCAUUCAUGCUUUGAAAUGCAAUCAAGCAUUUUAGUUUUAAAAUCAAAUAACAAAGGGAGCUUUGGAUAAUUAGCCUAAACAAUAAAUAAACCACAAUUUACGAAUGCAUGCAACUGUUUUUACUCUUUGCUGUAAUAAAGGCUUUAUAUAUUUAUUUAUUUUCUUGUUAGAACAGACUCUGGUACAUUUAUAAUUUAUAUAGUGUCGUUUACACUUUUUCAAAUGGUCAGAAAAAAUUAUAAUAUUGUAAUCUAACAGUACCUGUUUGGUACACAAUAUUCACACAGCGCUUGCUCCUAUACCCUCCUUUUUCUUGAUUUCCAGUAGUUUCCACAACUACAGUGGGGGAAAAAAGUAUUUAGUCAGCCACCAAUUGUGCAAGUUCUCCCACUUAAAAAGAUGAGAGAGGCCUGUAAUUUUCAUCAUAGGUAAACGUCAACUAUGACAGACAAAAUGAGAAAAAAAAUCCAGAAAAUCACAUUGUAGGAUUUUUAAUGAAUUUAUUUGCAAAUUAUGGUGGAAAAUAAGUAUUUGGUCACCUACAAACAAGCAAGAUUUCUGGCUCUCACAGACCUGUAACUUCUUCUUUAAGAGGCUCCUCUGUCCUCCACUCGUUGCCUGUAUUAAUGGCACCUGUUUGAACUUGUUAUCAGUAUAAAAGACACCUGUCCACAACCUCAAACAGUCACACUCCAAACUCCACUAUGGCCAAGACCAAAGAGCUGUCAAAGGACACCAGAAACAAAAUUGUAGACCUGCACCAGCCUGGGAAGACUGAAUAUGCAAUAGGUAAGCAGCUUGGUUUGAAGAAAUCAACUGUGGGAGCAAUUAUUAGGAAAUGGAAGACAUACAAGACCACUGAUAAUCUCCCUCGAUCUGGGGCUCCACGCAAGAUCUCACCCCGUGGGGUCAAAAUGAUCACAAGAAUGGUGAGCAAAAAUCCCAGAACCACACGGGAGGACCUAGUGAAUGACCUGCAGAGAGCUGGGACCAAAGUAACAAAGCCUACCAUCAGUAACACACUACGCCGCCAGGGACUCAAAUCCUGCAGUACCAGACGUGUCCCCCUGCUUAAGCCAGUACAUGUCCAGGCCCGUCUGAAGUUUGCUAGAGUGCAUUUGGAUGAUCCAGAAGAGGAUUGGGAGAAUGUCAUAUGGUCAGAUGAAACCAAAAUAUAACUUUUUGGUAAAAACUCAACUCGUCGUGUUUGGAGGACAAAGAAUGCUGAGUUGCAUCCAAAGAACACCAUACCUACUGUGAAGCAUGGGGGUGGAAACAUCAUGCUUUGGGGCUGUUUUUCUGCAAAGGGACCAGGACGACUAAUCCUUGUAAAGGAAAGAAUGAAUGGGGCCAUGUAUCGUGAUAUUUUGAGUGAAAACCUCCUUCCAUCAGCAAGGGCAUUGAAGAUGAAACGUGGCUGGGUCUUUCAGCAUGACAAUGAUCCCAAACACACCGCCCGGGCAACGAAGGAGUGGCUUCGUAAGAAGCAUUUCAAGGUCCUGGAGUGGCCUAGCCAGCCUCCAGAUCUCAACCCCAUAGAAAAUCUUUGGAGGGAGUUGAAAGUCCGUGUUGCCCAGCGACAGCCCCAAAACAUCACUGCUCUAGAGGAGAUCUGCAUGGAGGAAUGGGCCAAAAUACCAGCAACAGUGUGUGAAAACCUUGUAAAGGCUUACAGAAAACGUUUGACCUGUGUCAUUGCCAACAAAGGGUAUAUAAAAAAGUAUUGAGAAACUGUUGUUAUAGACCAAAUACUUAUUUUCCACCAUAAUUUGCAAAUAAAUUCAUUAAAAAUCCUACAAUGUGAUUUUCUUGAUUUUUUUUCUCAUUUUGUCUGUCAUAGUUGACGUUUACCUAUGAUGAAAAUUACAGGCCUCUCAUCUUUUUAAGUGGGAGAACUUGCACAAUUGGUGGCUGACUAAAUACUUUUUUCCCCCACUGUAAGUCAAAUGUCUUCCACACAUCUGAAUUCCCCUUUCCCUCCUGAGCAACCAGUAAACAUUCCCGUGUUUUGAUUUUCUUUUUCAUGUCCUCCGCAUCCAUUUGGCUGUUACUUGUUACGAUGUUCGUAGUUUGUUAUAACCAAUUUAUUGAUGUGAUUAUGAUAGGCUAUAGGUCAGGACCUAUUGGUCUCGUGCAUGCAAUGCAUACAUGUUUCACGUAAAGAGAGCAAGGGUUGAGGGAACAGGGAAUGUUUAUAUUUUUAAUACAAAUGAGGUAUUUCGGUAAUAUAACUUCAGUCAGAGAAACAAAAUGGCUGUAAUUAUGUUGCAGCUUCAGCGCAAUAAACACUUGAUGUGCUGCCUGUUCGCUGCAGCAGGGAGGAGAGAGAGAGACAACGUGCGCCCAUCACAAAGGCACAAGCUGUCAUAUUUUUUUAACACAGUGUGGCCAUCAGGCUCCCUCUUAAGUCAUUUGUGUGUCUUAAUUAUUUCAUCAAACAGUAUCAGACAAGCUCGGGGCAGAACGGCAGAUUUUUCCACCUUGCCGGCUCGGGCAAGGUUAAGAGCCCAACGCUCUUAACCACUAGGCUACGCAACUGAGCCUUUUUAAACCGAAGGUUAGCAAUGCUAACAGAUACAUGUAAAAUCCUAUAGAGAAUGCUAACUAAAUGCUAACGAGAGCAUUGCAAACAUUAUAUACAGUUAUAAAGUUAUACAAGUAACAAAAAAAUGCUACUCACAGUUUGCUGCACGCACAAAACAAACAUUAGACAGCAAGGCUCUUGAUCAGGGUUUCCGUUAGCUGGUAAUAGCCGGCUUUUGGCCGAUACAAAAAUAGAAAAGACGAUAAAUAAAAUUGGCACUGGCCAAUUGUCCUUGGCCAGGAGAAGAAAAAAAUUCCCAUAGUGAAAUUUUUAGCCUAUUCAUUGAUAGAAAUACUAGACGAUGGAAAUACAUUUGACUGGUUAUGCUUAUCGAUCUAUAGGUUAAUUUGCAUAAUUUAGUGCAAUGAAAUUGCCGCUUGUGUAUAUUUGUUAUGUAUCUUAUUUAGCAUGCAUAGCAUACAGAGCCUUUGAGCGGAAAAUCUGUCAGACAACGCUUUUAUAAGCCCAAUCAUUGCGCAACAAUUCUAAACGCAAUCGUGUGUUGAAAAUAGCUUUGAUGGCCAAAAUUAAAAAGAGCUACUAUUUUUAUUUCUCAACCGGUAAUUGAAGUGCACUUCCCAUUCACCAUUCAAAUAAUUAGGCAACGGAAGGCAGGCUUCGUCACUGCGUCACACAACACUUUGCAAUGAGCUGUAGCCAGUAUGCAUUUUGAAAACAUAUACUUAAUUGUUUGAAACCUGAACGUUUUACUACAUAUUAUGAGGCAUGUUUUACCUUGCUUCAAAGUAGCCUAGGCAAAAUCCGACCAUAUCCGAGGAGGCAAUUAUUUUAUAAAGACUUCCAUAUGCCAUUGAAACCAGUAGCCUAUUUCUCUCAUGUUCUAUUGCUUGUGCGCAUUGCUGUGCUUAUAAUGUGAAGAAAUAAUAGUUUAUCAACAUUUUACGCAAAAUGUUUUGAUCUGUUGCAUCAGACUCAUUGCGUUAGAUGUUGUUGUUUUUUAUGUAGCCUAAUACUGGUUGUAUGAAUUUAGGAUCUAUCGUCCCACAACUGUCCCAGAGUGGAAUGGGCUAUUUCUUUCUCUACAAGCUGACCAAUAGAAUAGGUAAACCUUUCUAGUAUGGGGGGUAGUAGAUUGAAAGGGGCUUUUGAUUUUGCUGUUUGUUACUCGUCUUGUUAUCUGAGGAAAAGUAAAUGUGUCUAACAUCUUCAAAGUGCUCAUUGGAAUUCAGUAAGAAGGACGCACGUCGUUGCAUCCUCAACUUGCAUGUUCUGUUAAAAUGAAUUACCAUAAUAUAAAUAUGAUUUCUGUCAUUCUGAGCACCAUGGGUGGACGCCCUAAUCAGGUUAUGCACCCAAUGGAUAUGGGUCCGGUAAAUGUAUCAAAUGUCCAGUAAAUUAAAAUGGUGCUGGUCAAAUGUCCAACACCACAUUUUCCUAACGGAAACCCUGCUCUUGAUCCAGGAGGGGAUAUUCUGCUGUUACUCAACAAAGAAGCAAACCACUAAAUUAGCAAACCAAAUGCACAACUGCAGUGCAUUUAGCACAUUGUAGACAGUUAACUUAAUAGUUAUAAAAUAUCUAGCUGGCAAACAUUUAGUUGUGAAUGUAACUAGAUCGCCUGGUGUGUGCUGCACAACAGUGAGUGACUCACAAGGCUCCGGUCUGUCAUUGUUGUGUGCUUGUAAACAAACACCACGUGACUGAGGACUACGGGUAAGCUUUAUAAUGAAAAAUGAUGUGACAGAUGAAAUGAAGAACGCAAUCUUCUUUAUCUCCUAACGUAUUGCACAAGUUGAGUGCAGGUAUUAACUUAAAAAGUAGCUACAAAUAUUCAAAUGUAUUAAACUUCAAAGAAAUAGUUUCAAUAGUAUUGACGGGAUUGAAAAAUCAUCCUGUGAGCUAUUUCCAAAUACCCCGGUAUAUGUACAGUGCCUUCGGAAAGUAUUCAGAUCCCUUGACUUUUUCCACAUUUUGUUACGUUACAGCCUUACUCUUUUCCCCUCAUCAAUCUACACACAAUACCCCAUAAUGAAAUGUUUGCUAAUUUAUAAAAAAGAAAAAACUGAAAUAUCACAUUUACGUAAGUAUUCAGACCCUUUACUCAGUGCUUUGUUGAAGCACCUUUGGCAGCGAUUACAGCCUCAAGUCUUCUUGUGAAUGACGCUACAAGCUUGGCACACCUGUAUUUGGGGAGUUUCUCCCAUUCUUGUCUGUAGAUCCUCUCAAGCUCUGUCAGGUUGGAUGGGGAGCUUUGCUGCACAGCUAUUUUCAGGUCUCUCCAGAGAUACUAGAUCGAGGUCAAGUCCGGGCACUGGCUGGGCCACUCAUGGACACUCAGAGACUUGUCCCGAAGCCACUCCUGCGUUGUCUUGGCUGUGUGCUUAGGGUCGUUGUCCUGUUGGAAGGUGAACCUUCGCCCCAGUCUGAGGUCCUGAGCGCUCUGGAGCAGGUUUUCAUUAAGGAUCUCUCUGUACUUCGCUCCGUUCAUCUUUGCCUCGAUCCUGACUAGUCUCCCAGUCCCUGCCGCUGAAAAACAUCCCCACGGCAUGAUGCUGCCACCACCGUGCUUCACCAUAGGGAUGGUGCCAGGUUUCCUCCAGACGUGACGCUUGGCAUUCAGGCCAAAGAGUUCAAUCUUGGUUUCAUCAGACCAGAGAAUCUUGUUUCUCAUGGUCUGAGAGUCUUUAAAAUCCAAGCGGGCUGUCAUGAGAAGUGGCUUCCGUCUGGCCACUCUACAAUAAAGGCCUGAUUGGUGGAGUGCUGCAGAGAUGGUGGUCCUUCUAGAAGGUUCUCCCAUCUCCCCAGAGGAACUCUACGAGCUCUGUCAGAGUGAUAAUUGGGUUCUUGCUCACCUCCCUAACCAAGGCCCUUCUUCCACGAUUGCUCAGUUUGGCUGGGCGGCCAGCUCUAGGAAGAGUCUUGGUGGUUCCAAACUUCUUCCAUUUAAGAAUGAUGGAGGCCACUGUGUUUUUGGGGACCUUCAAAGGUGCAGACAUUUUUUGGUACCCUUCCCCAGAUAUGUGCCUCGACACAAUCCUGUCUCGGAGCUCUACAGACAAUUCCUUCGACCUCAUGGCUUGGUUUUUGCUCUGACAUGCACUGUCAACUGUGGGACCUUAUAUAGACAGCUGUGUACUUUUCCAAAUCAUGUCCAAUCAAUUGAAUUUACCACAGGUGGACUCCAAUCAAGUUGUAGAAACAUCUCAAGGAUGAUCAAUGGAAACAGGAUGCACCUGAGCUCAAUUUCGAGUCUCAUAGCAAAGGGUCUGAAUAAUUAUGUAAAAACGUUUUUAUUUUAAUUUUAUAUGUAUACAGUUGAAGUCGGAAGUUUACAUACACUUAGGUUGGAGUCAUUAAAACUUGUUUUUCAACCACUCCAUACAUUUCUUGUUAACAAACUAUAGUUUUGGCAAGUCGGUUAGGACAUGCACUUUGUGCAUGACACAAGUAAUUUUUCCAACAAUUGUUUACAGACAGAUUAUUUCACUUAUAAUUCACUGAAUCACAAUUCCAGUGGGUCAGAAGUUUACAUAAACUAAGUUGACUGUGCCUUUAAACAGCUUGGAAAAUUCCAGAAAAUGAUGUCAUGGCUUUAGAAGCUUCUGAUAGGCUAAUUGACAUCAUUUGAGUCAAUUGGAGGUGUACCUGUAGAUGUAUUUCAAGGCCUACCAUCAAACUCAGUGCCUAUUUGCUUGACAUCAUGGGAAAAUCAAAAUAAAUCAGCCAAGACCUCAGAAAUAGAAUUGUAGACCUCCACAAGUCUGGUUCAUCAUUGGGAGCAAUUUCCAAGCGCCUGAAGGUACCACCUUCAUCUGUACAAACAAUAGUAUGCAAGUAUAAACACCAUGGGACCACGCAGGCGUCAUACCGCUCAGGAAGGAGAUGCGUUCUGUCUCCUAGAGAUGAAUGUACUUUGGUGCGAAAAGUGCAAAUCAAUCCCAGAACAACAGAAAAUUACCUUGUGAAGAUGAUAGAGGAAACAGGUACAAAAGUAUCUAUAUCCACAGUAAAACGAGUCCUAUAUCGACAUAACUUGAAAGGCCGCUCAGCAAGGAAGAAGACACUGCUCCAAAACCACCAUAAAAAACCCAGACUACGGUUUGCAACUGCACAUGGGGACAAAGAUCGUACUUUUUGGAGAAAUGUCCUCUGGUCUGAUGAAACAAAAAUAGAACUGUUUGGCCAUAAUGACCAUUGUUAUGUUUGGAGGAAAAAGGGGAAUGCUUUCAUGCCGAAGAACACCAUCCCAAUCGUGAGGCACGGGGGUGGCAGCAUCAUGCUGUGGGGGUGCUUUGCUGCAGGAGGGACUGGUGCACUUCACAAAAUAGAUGGCAUCAUGAGGAAGGAAAAUUAUGUGAAUAUAUUGAAGGAACAUCUCAAGACAUCAGUCAGGAAGUUAAAGCUUGGUCGCAAAUGGUCUUCCAAAUAUAUACAUUUACAUUUUUUUUACAUUUUAGUCAUUUAGCAGACGCUCUUAACCAGAGCGACUUACAGGAGCAAUUAGGGUUAAGUGCCUUGCUCAAGGGCACAUUAACGUCAUUUAGCAGACGCUCUUAGCCAGAGCGACUCACAAAUUGGUGCGUUCACCCUAUAGCCAGUGGGAUAACCACUUUACAAUUUGGGGGGGGGGGGGGGGGGGUUAGAAGGAAUACUUUAUCCUAUCCCAGGUAUUCCUUAAAGAGGUGGGGUUUCAAAUGUCUCCGGAAGGUGGUGAGUGACUCCGCUGUCCUGGCGUCGUGAGGGAGCUUGUUCCACCAUUGGGGUGCCAGAGCAGCGAACAGUUUUGACUGGGCUGAGCGGGAGCUGUGCUUCCGCAGAGGAAGGGGAGCCAGCAGGCCAGAGGUGGAUGAACGCAAUGUCCUCGUUUGGGUGUAGGGACUGAUCAGACCCUGAAGGUACAGAGGUGCCGUUCCCCUCACUGCUCCAUAGGCAAGCACCAUGGUCUUGUAGCGGAUGCGAGCUUCAACUGGAAGCCAGUGGAGUGUGCGGAGGAGGGGGGUGACGUGAGAGAACUUGGGAAGGUUGAACACCAGACGGGCUGCGGCAUUCUGGAUGAGUUGUAGGGGUUUAAUGGCACAGGCAGGGAGCCCAGCCAACAGCGAGUUGCAGUAGUCCAGACGGGAGAUGACAAGUGCCUGGACCAGGACCUGCGCCGCUUCCUGUGUAAGGCAGGGUCGCACUCUCCGAAUGUUGUAGAGCAUGAACCUGCAGGAGCGGGUCACCGCCUUGAUGUUGGCGGAGAACGACAGGGUGUUGUCCAGGGUCACGCCUAGGCUCUUCGCACUCUGGGAGGAGGACACAGCGGAGUUGUCAACCGUGAUGGCGAGAUCAUGGAACGGGCAGUCCUUCCCCGGGAGGAAGAGCAGCUCCGUCUUGCCAGGGUUCAGCUUGAGGUGGUGAUCCGUCAUCCAUACUGAUAUGUCUGCCAGACAUGCAGAGAUGCGAUUCGCCACCUGGUUAUCAGAAGGGGGAAAGGAGAAGAUUAGUUGUGUAUCGUCAGCGUAGCAAUGAUAGGAGAGACCAUGUGAGGAUAUGACAGAGCCAAGUGACUUGGUGUAUAGGGAGAAAAGGAGAGGGCCCAGAACCGAUCCCUGGGGGACACCAGUGGUGAGAGCACGUGGUGCGGAGACAGCUUCCCGCCACGCCACUUGGUAGGAGCGACCGGUCAGGUAGGACGCAAUCCAGGAGUGAGCCGCGCCGGAGAUGCCCAUCUCGGAGAGGGUGGAGAGGAGGAUCUGAUGGUUCACAGUAUCAAAGGCAGCAGACAGGUCUAGAAGGACAAGAGCAGAGGAGAGAGAGUUAGCUUUAGCAGUGCGGAGAGUCUCCGUGACACAGAGAAGAGCAGUCUCAGUUGAAUGACCAGUCCUGAAACCUGAUUGGUUUGGAUCAAGAAGGUCAUUCUGAGAGAGAUAGCAAGAGAGUUGGCUAAAGACGGCACGCUCAAUAGUUUUGGAAAGAAAAGAAAGAAGGGAUACUGGUCUGUAGUUGUUGACAUCAGUGGGGUCGAGUGUUGGUUUUUUGAGGAGGGGAGCAACUCUCGCUCUCUUGAAGACGGAAGGGACAUGGCCAGCGGUCAAGGAUGAGUUGAUCAGCGAGGUGAGGUAGGGGAGAAGGUCACCGGAGAUGGUCUGGAGAAGGGAGGAGGGGAUGGGGUCAAGCGGGCAGGUUGUUGGGCGGCCUGCAGUCACAAGUCGCAGGAUUUUAUCUGGAGAGAGAGGGGAGAAAGAAGUCAAAGCAUAGGGUAGGGCAGUGUGAGCAGGACCAGCAGUGUUAUUAGACUUAACAAACGAGGAUCGGAUGUCGUCAACCUUCUUUUCAAAGUGGUUGACGAAGUCAUCCACAGAGAGAGAGGAGGUGGGGGGGGGGGGGGGAGGAGGAUUCAGGAGGGAGGAAAAUGUGGCAAAGAGCUUCCUAGGGUUAGAGGCAGAUGCUUGGAAUUUAGAGUGGUAGAAGGUGGCCUUAGCAGCAGAAACAGAUGAAGAAAAUGUAGAGAGGAGGGAGUGAAAAGAUGCCAGGUCGGUAGGGAGUUUAGUUUUCUUCCAUUUCCUCUCCGCUGCCCGGAGCUCUGUUCUGUGAGCUCGCAGUGAGUCAUCAAGCCACGGAGCUGGGGGGGAGGACCGAGCCGGCCGGGAGGAUAGGGGACACAGAGAGUCAAAGGAUGCAGAAAGGGAGGAGAGGAGGGUUGAGGAGGCAGAAUCAGGAGAUUGGAGGGAGAAGGAUUGAGCAGAGGGAAGAGAUGAUAGGAUGGAAGAGGAGAGAGUAGUGGGAGAGAGAGAGCGAAGGUUGCGGCGGCGCAUUACCAUCUGUGUAGGGGCAGAGUGAGUAGUGUGGGAGGAGAGCGAGAGAGAAAAGGAAACAAAGUAGUGGUCGGAGACUUGGAGGGGAGUUGCAGUGAGAUUAGUAGAGGAGCAGCAUCUGGUGAAGAUGAGGUCAAGCGUAUUGCCUGCCUUGUGAGUAGGGGGGGACGGUGAGAGGGUGAGGUCAAAAGAGGAGAGGAGUGGAAAGAAGGAGGCAGAGAGAAAUGAGUCAAACGUGGACAUAGGGAGGUUGAAAUCCCCCAAAACUGUGAGGGGUGAGCCAUCCUCAGGAAAGGAACUUAUCAAGGCGUCAAGCUCGUUAAUGAACUCUCCAAGGGAACCUGGAGGGCGAUAGAUGACAAGGAUAUUAAGCUUAAAUGGGUUAGUGACUGUGACAGCAUGGAAUUCAAAUGAGGAGAUAGACAGAUGGGUUAGGGGAAAAAUUGAGAAUGUCCACUUGGGAGAGAUGAGGAUUCCUGUACCACCACCCCUCUGACCAGAUGCUCUCGGGGUAUGCGAGAACACAUGGUCAGACGAGGAGAGAGCAGUAGGAGUAGCCGUGUUUUCAGUGGUGAUCCAUGUUUCCGUCAGCGCCAGGAAGUCGAGGGACUGGAGGUUGGCAUAGGCUGGGAUGAAGUCAGCUUUGUUGGCAGCAGAACGGCAGUUCCAGAGGCUGCCUGCGACCUGGAACUCCAGGUGAGGGGUGCGAGCAGGGACCACCAGGUUGGAGAGGCAGCAGCCGCGCGGUGUUGUGCGUUGUUUGUGUAGCCUGCGCAGAGAGGAGAGAACAGGGAUAGGCAGAGGCAUAGUUGACAGGCUGUAGCAAAUGGCUACAAAAAUGCAGAGGAGAUCGGAAUGAAAUGAGCUAAGCAUCUGGGAGAGGAGAGAGGGGGGCCUCCCUCACCAAAAACUUCUACCUCAGAAACUAAAAUUGUUUCACUGAACAGUUGUUCAAUGUUUAAAGGAAUAAACUCAAACCCACUUUAUUCAGCUAGCCAACUAUGACACCAUAGCUGACUAGCAUGCUAGCAUCCAAUAACACACAGUUUAACACACAGUUAAGCACAAAUACUCACAACAAACCACCAAUAGUGUGUUAACUAGCUAACCAGCAUGCCAGCAUCCAGUAACACACAGCCAAGCACAAACACUUGGUCACAGCAAACCACCAAUAGUGUGAUAACACACUAAACAGAUCAUUCGUGUCUGUGUCAAGUUCCUUUCAUGGCGCAGCAAUGAUUCAACAUUGGCUAGCUAGGACAAGUAUAUUGUAAUUAGCUGCUACCGUACCGUCCGCUGGUCGUGCUGGGUAGCUAGGUCGUGCUGGGUAGCUAGCAAUGGCCACUGUGUUGGCUUUGUUUUAAGAACGGCUAGCUAGCUAGCUUCGUGCUACACCCGGCACACAAUGGCUACUGUGUUGACUCUGACUCUGUUCGAAAAAAAACGGCUAAUUAGCUCGCUUCGUGCUACAGCCGGCACGGCGGAAGACACUGCCAAGACACAGUAGCUACCCACGAUACCUAGCUAUGACGCCGUAGCUGACUAGCAAGAUAGCAUCCAUUAACACACAAUUAGCACCAAUACUUGGUUACAACAAACUGCCAAGAGUGUGUUAGCACACUAAACAGAUGAUUCAUGUCCGUGUCUAGUUCCUUACAUAACGCAGAACGCAGCAAAAAUUAAACGUUGGCUAGAAGCACAUUUAACAGUGGGAACAGCUAAUCGUUACCAGUAGCUACCCGCUAGCUAGCUAGCCUCGUGCUUCGAUACUAACCUACAAUAGCCUACGGAAACCUACAAUAACAACAAUACUACAACAACAACUAUACUAACCUAUAAUAAUAAAUACAAUACCAAACUACACUAACUACCAACCUACGAUCUAAUGCAUGGUUAAGCUAUACUCAACACCAAAUGAGAAGUUUGCUUACCUCCAGCUAGAGAGCUAGAGAGCUAGAGAAAAACACGUCCUCUCCCGACUGCUGCUCCCAGUCUUAUAUACAGUUGACAGACAAAGUUUAUAUACACCUUAGCCAAAUACAUUUAAACUCAGUUUUUCACAAUUCCUGACAUUUAAUCCUAGUAAUAAUUCCCUGUCUUAGGUCAGUUAGAAUCACCACUUUAUUUUAAGAAUGUGAAAUAUCAGAAUAAUAGUAGAGAGAAUGAUUUAUUUCAGCUUUUAUUUCUUUCAUCACAUUCCCAGUGAGUCAGAAGUCUACAUUCACUCAAGUAGUAUUUGGUAGAAUUGCCUUUAAAUUGUUUAACCUGGGUCAAACGAUUCGGGUAGCCUUCCAUAAGCUUCCCACAAUAAAUUGGGUGACCCACUGGAAUUGUGAUACAGUGAAUUAUAAGUGAAAUAAUCUGUCUGUAAACAAUUGUUGGAAAAAUUACUUGUGUCAUGCACAAAGUAGAUGUCCUAACCGACUUGCCAAAGCUAUAGUUUGUUAACAAGAAAUUUGUGGAGUGGUUGAAAAACGAGUUUUAAUUACAUGACUCCAACCUAAGUGUAUGUAAACUUCUGACUUUAACUGUAUACAUUUGCAACAAUUUCUAAAAGGGAGAGAAAGUAUUCAGACUCUUGACUUUUUCCACAAAGGGUCUGUAAAUAAGGUAUUUUUAUUUUAUUUUAUAAAUUUGCAACAAUUUCUAAAAACCUGUUUUCGCUUUGUCAUUAUGGGGUAUUGUGUGUAGGUUGAUAAGGCUGUAAUAAGGCUGUAAAUCAAUACCCCAUAAUGACAAAGCGAAAACAGGUUUUUAGAAAUUGUUGCAAAUUUAUAAAAUAAAAUAAAAAUACCUUAUUUACAGACCCUUUGUGGAAAAAGUCAAGAGUCUGAAUACUUUCUCUCCCUCCAUCUCUUUCUCUCCCUCCAUCUCUUUCUCUCCCUCCAUCUCUUUUAAAAUUGUAUUCCAGCCUCCUUAUAUGGAUAUUAUAUAGAGGAUAUUAUAUAUAUAGAUAUUAUAUAUAGAUAUUAUAUAUAGAGAUAUUAUAUAGAGGAUAUUAUAUAUAUAGAGAUAUUGUAUAGAGGACAUUAUAUAGGCCUAUGUUUUGGUUGUUGUUUGAUCCUGUGACUUUAAUGACUCUCAGGUCACAGUGCAAAAGAACCAAGCUCUUCUGUCUCUCUGGUGGGGCUGAUGGAUAGUGGUUUGUUUUUGUGAGGCUGUACAUUGCAGUUUCAUUCUUGUAAAAUAGGUUCUAUAUGCACUCCAUUCAUAAAACAUCAACACCGAGCCUCACAGGGAGCUCUGCCAAUCCUAAACUCUCCUGGUGCCACAGGUUCUUGACUCCUGGCAGCCCUAUGCUAAUGAGAUAGGAUGUCAGAGGCUGAGAACUGUAGAACUCUCAGCCAAAGAAUGUUAAUAAGCAUGAAGUGUGCCGACCAGGUCAAGGUCCCCUCCCUGCAAUCCAAUACAGUAGAGGCCAGGGACAUUUCAUAGGGAAGAGUCCCACUUUGAAACUGCCGCUGACUCAACCCUCAAAGCUGAUGUGCCCGAGUGCGUAGUGAACAGAGGCUGUUGAGGGGUAAGAAAGGACACUUGCCUCCAGAUGUGUUUUUGGUAGUGCUGAGCGAUUAACCAAAAUGUCAGUUAUGUUUGUUUUUUAAACAACUAAUUGACAGACAUUGGUUCAAUUAUUUGAAUUCCAUUUUGUUCGUCCUUUCUUGCCUCAUGCCUCAGACCGCAGCCUGGUCACAGGCCCGCUGGGAUUAGUAUGAGGUAGAGAUCAGUAUGCAAACACCGCACACACACACACACACACACACACUGUGUAGAUGGAGCAGAACUGCUUGCUCUGCGCUAGUGCGCCGUUGGUCUCCUCCCACACUCAGACCCCAAUGCUAUUGGAGCACUGGAAAUGAAGCACUGCUCAUUGUGAACGAAAUUAGACCAUUCUCUCUCUAAACCCUUUGAAAAUCCUAUUCUCCAUAAUCAUCGCCUCUUUUCAAUAUGCUAUGACAAUAAAAACGGAGUGGCACUGAGCUAAGCUUCACAGACAGAACAAUGUUGAGAAUGAGAAUGAAACAUCCACUCUCUCAAUGGAGAGGCCCUCAACUCUUGCGGUUGCUCAGCUACGCUCAGCUUGGGCUUGGCAUGGGGGACCACUUGGACAUUUCCGGAGAACUGGGAAUCUAGUCAACUGUGUCAGAGUUCUCUGUUGUUAACCACAGCCUGGCUAUCUGGGUACAAUACUUUGCUGUACUGAGAGACAGGUUCUUGGCCCACGCCUCCCUCCAUCUACGGCACUGUGCUGUGUGAGACAUAUAUGCUCUUGGCUGGGGCUCUUGUAGCUAGGCGUCUCACCCCAGUCUGUACUGUAUUGAGAGAGUGAGGGACAGGUUCUUGGCCCGGGCCUCCCUCCCUUCAUAUACCUCCUACACGUCUUGCCCCCAUUUGCAGACCCAGAGCCCCACUAAUCCCCCAAGUACUCCCCAGGGGCUGCCAUCCAGUACUGGCAGCUGAGUCAUCUCUCUCCCCGACCCUGCUGCUGCCUGUGGGUCUGGGCUGGGCUGCGCCGGCCGGCCGGCCGGGGCGCUGAUCCGUCUGCCUGGCGCUGCGCCCACUGUGGGGGGCAAGGGGAAGGGGUUAAAGGUGGUGUGGUGUGCCACCUGGCCCUACUCUGCUUCCAGCUGAAGGUGAGGCUUCCAAAUAUGUGGGGAUCUGUGGAUUCCGCAGGAAUCUCUUCCAUAACUCCAUACUUCUCGACCAGUGCACCAAGAUUAAUCGCACCAGAAUGUUAGUUACCCCUGUGUAGCCACAUACCCCCUGCUAGUGACCCUUGCAUCCAUCAUUUUUCUCUCCAAAAAGCUACCUAGUCCCCCAAUGUGACUCAAGAACAUUCAUCCCGCCGUUCUUGAUUCCUUCCUUUUUGUUUGUGUAUUUUUCUUUACAUUUUUAUUGUUUGACAUUUGACUGCAUUGUUAGGAGCUAGUAACAUAAGCAUUUCACUGCACCGCUAUAACACCUGCGUAAACAUUGAUUUGAUUUUGGUUAAACAACAAUCUCUGCUUCCUCCUGAGCUUGUUGUUGCUGUGGCUGGCCCAUGACCAGGCUAGAGCAUAUCUCUGUCCGUCGGAGGGAUCUGUCUGUGUACAUAUGAAAGACUGGCCAUCUGGUGACCCACCCACCCCUCCCCUAAUGCACACCAUGAUAUCCCCCAAAAUCACUGCACCACGUGUCAUCUCAAAGUGACCGUUCAUCACAUUCUGCAUGGUGAUGGUGAUUGGCUCAUUUCCAUUCACCAUGACCUUCAGUAUAUUGGCAUUAUUUUUAUACCAUAUAACACAAUGCCACAGGCACCAGUCAUGCUGCAGCCAAAUUCAGUACAAUAAAAGUCCCCUGUGGUAAGAGGCGUAACAGCUACAGUUGAAGUCGGAAGUUUACAUACACCUUAGCCAAAUGCAUUUAAACUCAUUUUUUCACAAUUCCUGACAUUUAAUCCUAGUAAUAAUUCCCUGUCUUAGGUCAGUUAGGAUCACCACUUUAUUUUAAGAAUGUGAAAUGUCAGAAUAAUAGUAAAGAGAAUGAUUUAUUUCAGCUUUUAUUUCUUUCAUCACAUUCCCAGUGGGUCAGACGUUUACAUACACUCAAUUAGUAUUUGGUAGCAUUGGCUUUUAAUUGUUUAAUUUGGGUCAAACGUUUCAGGUAGCCUUCCACAAGCUUCCCACAAUAAGUUGGGUGAAUUUUGGCCCAUUCCUCCUGACAGCUGGUGUAACUGAGUCAGGUUUGUAGGCCUCCUUGCUCGCACACACUUUUUCAGUUCUGCCGACAAAUUUUCUAUAGGAUUGAGUUCAGGGCUUUGUGAUGGCCGCUCCAAUACCUUGACUUUGUUGUCCUUAAGCCAUUUUGCCACAACUUUGGAAGUAUGCUUGGGGUCAUUGUCCAUUUGGAAGACCCAUUUGCGACCAAGCUUUAACUCCCUGACUGAUGUCUUGAGAUGUUGCUUCAAUAUAUCCACAUAAUUUUCCUUCCUCAUGAUGCCAUCUAUUUUGUGAAGUGCACCAGACCCUCCUGCAGCAAAGCACCCCCACAGCAUGAUGCUGCCACCCCCGUGCUUCACGGUUGGGAUGGUGUUCUUCAGCUUGCAAGAUACCCCCUGUUUCCUCCAAACAUAACGAUGGUCAUUAUGGCCAAACAGUUCUAUUUUUGUUUCAUCAGGGCAGAGGACAUUUCUCAAAAAAGUACGAUCUUUGUCCCCAUGUGCAGUUGCAAACCGUAGUCUGGCUUUUUUAUGGCGGUUUUGGAGUAGUGGCUUCUUCCUUUCUGAGCGGCCUUUCCGGUUAUGUCGAUAUAGGACUCGUUUUACUGUGGAUAUAGAUACUUUUAUACCGGUUUCCUCCAGCAUCUUCACAAGGUCCUUUGCUGUUGUUCUGAGAUUGAUUUGCACUUUUCGCAUCAAAGUACGUUCAUCUCUAGGAGACAGAACGCGUCUCCUUCCUGAGCGGUAUGAUGGCUGCGUUAGUGUUUAUACUUGCGUACUAUUGUUUGUACAGAUGAACGUGAUACCUUCAGGCGUUUGGAAAUUGCUCCCAAGGAUGAACCAGACUUGUGGAGGUCUUGGCUGAUUUCUUUAGAUUUUCCCAUGAUGUCAAGCGAAGAGGCACUGAGUUUGAAGGUAGGCCUUGAAAUACAUCCACAGGUCCACCUCCAACUGACUCAAAUGAUGUCAAUUAGCCUAUCAGAAGCUUCUAAAGCCAUGACAUCAUUUUCUGGAAUUUUCCAAGCUGUUUAAAGGCACAGUCAACUUAGUGUAUGUAAACUUCUGAUCCACUGGAAUUGUGAUACAGUGAAUUAUAAGUGAAAUAAUCUGUCUGUAAACAAUUGUUGGAAAAAUUAUUUUUGUCAUGCACAAAGUAGAUGUCCUAACCGACUUGCCAAAACUAUAGUUUGUUAACAAGAAAUUUGUGGAGUGGUUGAAAAACAAGUUUUAAUGACUCCAGCCUAGGUGUAUGUAAACUUCCGACUUCAACUGUAGCUUGUGUGCGAGCAGACACGUUGCUUUUUUUCUCCCUGAGGAGAAGGAGUGUGUAUGACUCACAAUCGCACUGCCCGCUCCAGCCAGGCGACAGCCGUGGUGUCAAGCUUUGCAAGAGUCUUUAGACUAGGACCCCGCUGCUACAACCCCCCUCCCCCACCAGCAUGCCGCAGCCACACCGCCAUUGUUCCAGCUCAGCAACUGGGUUAGCCGACCUUGGGCCCCUCUGCAGCCCCCUGUCUUCUGCCUCCCCUACCCCAACACACAGACAACAUGAUUACAGGAAUGUGCCUCUGCCGCCCAGCCAAGCUUGGGCUGACCAAGAGAGAGGGACUGAGAGAUGGAGAGAAAGGGUGCAUGGACAGAGAGAGAAAGGCUGAAUGGGUAAUGGAUCCUUUUGCAUAGUCACCCGUCCCCCCUCUCUGACUCGGUUAAUGGAAUAUCCCGGCCGGCAGACUGUAGACAGGGAUUAACCCUCUCCUGGCCUGCCCACCGGCCUGCCACCCCCCCCCCCCCGUCUGACUCUGACACUGCAGGGAUGAUAUGGCAGUUUUGUACGCAACUGCCUCGACCCCCAUUUAGAGAUCUGCAUUACUGUUAAAGAGAUCAGAUUUGUUGCUCUCCAUUUAGGGUUAUUACAAUGCAUCACAUACAGCGUAACUCAUUCCUUGACUUGAGUGCAUUGGACUGUGUGCAGCAGCAUCCCUCACUGCACUGAAUAAGGAGCCACCCUCUCAGCCGGAUGCAAUGAGUUGGAGGCAGAGGAGAAGGAAGCCGAGAGUGCCAUGCGGGAGGAAUCUUAAAUGGUACAGGACUUUGGCAGCCAUCCACCUAGCAGCAUCUAUAUCACAGUGACUGUUUCUGAAUGACCAGUUUUUGGAGGUCAGGGGGAGAGUGAGAGAUAAGGGAAAAUAAAUCCCAGGCAUUGGGCACAGUGGCUUUAUGAUGCAUAAUCAUUAUGAUGAUAAUGUUUUAAUCUCAGUGCCUGUAGCAGCAAACUGAAGGUCAACCUUAUCAUUAGGCUAUUUGGAUACAGACAAGCAACAAACUUUGUUCUCGCUCUCCCUCUACUCUACCUGUAUGUAUCUUUUCACAUCUUCACUGUCCGUACACCACCAUACAAGCCAAGGUCAGGCUAUUACUCUGUUUGUGCGUAGUCUCUGUCCACUAAGCAGUUCACACUCCUUUUCAACCCCACAAGGGAGAGGGAAAAAAGGGCAAUGAUUGCUUCAUCAUCAUUAGCGACUAGUGAUAGAAGUGAUUCCCUGUGGGGGACUGAAGGGAUUUGUUAGAUCUUUCUCAUUACAUGAAGGCUGACUGUGAUGAAGGCUGACAUGAUGGUUUCUCUUUACCUGGCAAACCUGUAUUAUUAUAUAUAUAUUUUUUUUAAUAUGAUAUAAAAUGAAUGCGUCUUCGGAUUCCCGUUUUUCACACUGAAUGACAUUAUCUUCUCUCUCCUGCAGACGUACUCUGGCCUCUUCUGUGUGGUGAUAAACCCCUACAAAAACCUGCCCAUCUACUCGGAGAACAUCAUUGAGAUGUACAGGGGCAAGAAGAGACACGAGAUGCCCCCUCACAUCUACGCCAUCUCAGAGUCUGCGUACAGAUGCAUGCUCCAAGGUAAGUCUCAAUUGGUUAUGGAUAUCGCUCCCUUUAUCUCAAUGCACAAAAUAUGCGCAUAUGUUUGCUACACAGUGAAAUUGUAUGAAUGAUCUGAUUCAGUCUACUGGAACCAGAAAGUCAAAGCCAAUUUAACCGGUUGUAUUGGGAUUAAGGCUGUUGUUGUUGUUCGGUUGAGAGGCACUCAACCGGUAGGUACAGUACAUGCUGAUAUUAGGACAGCCUUGUUUCCACUGUGGCAGGUGCACUUAUCUCCCAGGUCUGUGAUGUUAAGUGGAGCCUGAUUGGAUAAUUUGUCAUGUUAAUUGUACAUUGCAGUUCCCCAAGGGCUAGAUGUUGUUGUUGUGUUUUAAUUUAAACUGUUGCUAGGGGAUUGUGAUGAGUGUGAUAGAAGGAGUCAGGCGCAGGAGGGUAAAUCACCGAAUACAGAGUUUAUUCCGUCAUACACAAAUACGCUGGAUAGCGACACACGGAAACAGGCACAGGGGAAACUAUCUACCCUGGCAAUACACGGUACGGGAUACUCCAACAAUAUAAAGGCACAAGAGAAAUAUCUACCCCGGCAAUACAAAUGGAGAGUACCGGGGCCUCACUGCGGUGGCGGUCAGCGUUGGCCUUCUGACGACGCACGGCGCGCUGGAGGUGAACGUGGGCAGCGUCCCACGUCUCCUCUGCGCGCCGAAACCAGUGAUCCACCACAGGAGCCUCGGUCUGGUACUGGUGCCAUGGUGCCAGAACCGGUUGGUAACCUAAAACACAUUGGAAUGGCGUUAGGUUAGUAGAGGAGUGGCAGAAAGAGUUCUGGGCAUAUUCUGCCCAUGGCAAGAACACCGACCACUCCUCCGGCCGGUCCUGGCAAUAGGACCGCAGGAACCUACCCACAUCCUGACCAUUUGACUCGGGGUGGAACCCAGAGGUCAGGCUGACCGAGACCCUCAGACGUUCCAUGAACGCCUUCCAGACCUUGGAUGUGAACUGGGGACCUCGGUCGGACACUAUAUCCUCUGGUACCCCGUAGUGCCGGAAGACGUGAGUAAACAGGGCCUCCGCAGUUUGCAGGGCCGUGGGGAGACCGGGCAGAGGAAGGAGUCGGCAAGACUUGGAAAAGCGGUCCACAACGACCAGGAUGGUGGUGUUACCUUGGGAUAGUGGAAGAUCAGUCAAAAAAUCAACACUUAGGUGAGACCAUGGACGUUGUGGAACUGGUAAAGGUUGUAACUUACCCGCUGGGAGGUGCCUUACUCUGGGCGCACACCGAGCAGGAGGAGACAUACACCCUCACGUCCUUAGCCAAGGUAGGCCACCAGUACUUUCCGGUCAGGCAGCGCACUGUACAACCGAUACCUGGGUGACCAGAGGAGAGUGAUGUGUGUGCCCAGUAUACCAGACGAUCACGGAUAAGAGCAGGCACGUACUGCAGCCCAGCUGGACACUGAGGUGGAGAUGGAACUGUGUGUAAUGCCUGCUCUAUAUCCGCGUCCAUCGCCCAUACUACCGGCACCACAAUGCAGGAGGCCGGGAGUAUGGGGAUGUUGUCUCUGGGCCUCUCCGCUGGAUAGCGACACACGGAAACAGGCACAGGGGAAACUAUCUACCCUGGCAAUACACGGUACGGGAUACUCCAACAAUAUACAGGCACAGGGGAAAUAUCUACCCUGGCAAUAGAAAGGGAGAGUAGCUUCACCGAGCUACAGUACUCUCACAAUUAACAAUCACCCACAAGGACAACGGGGGCAGAGGGAACACUUAUACACAGACUAAUGAGGGGAUAAGAACCAGGUGUGUGUAAUUGACAAGACAAGACAAAUGGAAUGAUGAUAGAUGGAGUGGCAGUGGCUAGUAAGCCGGUGACGACGAACGCCGAAGCCUGCCCGAACAAGGAGGUGACAGGGAUGAACAGGUAUUAGGCCUUUUAUAUCAUCAUUUUAGUUGUAUUUGAUUUUAUUUGGCCUUCUGUAAAUUGUCAAAAUGUAACUUUUCCCCCUGUUGCAUUUGGCACGGCAUCUCCGUUAGCUGUACUGUUACAAUACUCAAGGCUUUCGAUCUCAAGUUACCAAAACAAAACACACCACGUGUCGCCAACGCUCGUAAAAGUUGUUUAACAGUCGCCCUGUGAUUUAAGGGAUUACUACUCAAUCUCAACAACUUUAGGACCAUUCAUUUCACUAGAAGGCUAAAUUGGAACCAUCAGCUGAACCAUGGUUUGUUGCAUACUAAAGUCACCCCCAAUUAUUUUGAUUUAGUGCACUGGCCAACUCUGUAUUAUGUAGCAGUUGCCCUAAAUUCAUGCAUCUCAAGCAUUAUGGUAUCAAAUGGCACACAUUGGGGGAAAAGGGCUCUGUGGAAACUGUUCCAAAGGAGCUGGUCUUAUUUCUCUGUUUAUAUUUCCACCUCCAGAGAGAAAUUAAUUUGGCAAGCAAUGUCUGGAACGUGGGGAGCACAGUGGAAAGGGGAAGUGAAGGACGACAGUUUUUUUCCUCUCCAUGAAUUGCUGAUACCUCAGAACGUCAGAACUAUGCACUUCUGGCUAUCAGCACCACUAUGGGCUAUAAGCAUCAAUGAGAGGUCCUGGGUCUAAAUCUCAGCCUGAGAACCCAAAGCCUUUAGUCACUGCAGAGAUAAUCCACUUCAGUCCUCUUCAGAUUGCCAGAGGCCUUGACUCUGGUCAGAGUAUGUUAAUACACCGCAAGUGUUGCGUGAAGAAAAACAUACACCAAAAGCUUUAUUAGAAUUGCAUCUGAUUCCAGAACACAAGAAGGUUGAAUCCAUGUGACUUAAGUAGAUUCACAAUCCUAUAUGUGAUGUUAAAUCCAGCUUAUAAUAUACUUCAUCCAAUUUGGGUUGGUUUUUCUCAACCAUAAGUCUUCCAGGGGUUCGUGAUGAGCGAGAACUUAUCUUCUACAGCGUCAACUAGCCUAUAGGUUCUGCCCAGCAGGAGAAGCCUGCAUAAGCUCAUAUUCCUCACAUCGGUGGAAAAAUAGGGAUGGGCAGAACUGAUUUACAAGAAGCUGCUUACAGUUUUUUACGAUUGCUUACACACUAAAAUUAAAAACCUUACACUCAAGGAGCAAAACACAAGGCUAGAUUUGCACAACUGUAAGCACAUUGUCAGCUUCACACUAUUUGCAAAACAUUACACACAGUGAUUUGCAAAACACUAAACACACUUGUAUACAUCAGACACAGAAGUAUAUCAUGAUGUCACUUCCUUGCAAUUCCAAAGCACUGACUGUCAAAUUACCACACCUAUGAGCCAAUCUGUUAAACACAGCCAUCAGGUGCACAAACACAUGAUUGCUAAAUUGUAGACACACCAAUCAGGUUUAAGCACUAUAAAAAUGCUGCAGGUAGGUUCACCUGCCUUCGACCAAAAUGGAAGGAGUCAGAAGAAGAGUGGGUGAGAGGAGGAGUACACAGAGGAGGAGGAGAAGGAGGUAGAGGAAGAGGCAGAGGCCGAGCCAGAGGUCGAGGAAGACCUGCAGCAGGAGGAGAACGUGCACAAAGAAGAAGAGGACCAAACUUAUCAAAUGACAUUCGUGCAACACUAGUGGACCAUGUUGUGAACCACGGAUUGACGCUGAGGGAGGCUGGACUGAGAGUUCAGCCAAAUCUUAGCAGAUAUACAGUGGCAUCUGUCAUAAGGACUUUUCGACAGGAAAACAGGUAAAAGAUCUGUCUACAGUUACAGUAAUCAGCCGCUUAUUCUAUGCACCAUAUCAGCACUUGUGAUACCCCUUCCUGUGACAUUGUACAGUAAGUUACAUGUAUUAUUCUCUACAUAGGAUUGAGGGUCAGGAAUGACAAGGAGGAAGGGGGCCCAUAUUCACGCAAGAACAAGAGAGAGAGAUAAUAAACAUGGUUUUGGCCAAUAAUGCUAUCAGGCUCAGAGAACUACAAGCCAACAUUAUCGGUGACCAUGCCAUUUUCAAUAAUGUCCAUCAGGUCUCUCAGUCAACACUGGCACACAUCCUGAAAAGACAUCAGGUUCAAAUGAAACAACUUUAUCGAGUGCCUUUUGAGCGGAAUUCAGAGAGGGUCAAACGGCUGCGGCAUGAGUAUGUGGAGGUUUGUAUUGUUCACUUUAGCACUGUGAUGUUGCAUACUGCACACAUGACUUAAUUACAUUGACUGUAUACUAGACCUAUCCUGAACUACACAAUCUUGUCUUUCACUGUAUUUCAGAGAGUUUUGCAGAUGGAUGCUGAGGAAAUCCUGCAUGAAUUCAUAUAUAUUGAUGAGGCAGGGUUCAACCUCACAAAAGCAAGAAGGAGAGGCAGAAAUAUUAUUGGCCACAGGGCUAUAAUCAAUGUCCCAGGGCAACGUGGGGGUAACAUCACCCUUUGCGCUGCCAUUUCACAGCAUGGGGUUCUCCUCCGUCAUGCCAAAAUGGGCCCUUACAACACACCUCACAUUCUCGCAUUUUUGGACCAAUUGCACCACAUCGUCACAGCAGGUAAUGAAAAAAAUGAAAUGCACCAGAUGCAAUCCACUGUCAUCUGGGACAAUGUGUCAUUCCACCGCUCUGCUUUGGUCCAGAACUGGUUUCAACACCAUCCACAGUUGACAGUACUAUACCUUCCACCAUACUCUCCGUUUCUAAACCCUAUCGAAGAGUUUUUCUCUGCAUGGCGGUGGAAGGUUUACGAUCUCCAGCCCCAGGCUCAGGUACCCCUCAUUCAGGCCAUGGAGGACGCCUGUGACCAAGUCGACGCCGCAGCUGUGCAAGGAUGGAUUCGACAUUCAAGACAGUUGUUCCCGCGUUGUCUUGCUAAUGAGGAUAUUGCUUGUGAUGUUGAUGAAAUUCUCUGGCCAGAUCCAGCUAAGCGAAGGGAUAAUGUAUAGUAUGUUUACUGUAGUAUUUUCUGUACAAUAUUGUCAGUUUUUUCAGAUUAUUUUUUAUGUUUGUUGUUGUUAUUUACUGUAAUUGUAAACUGUACUGGAUACAGUAUUUUACGUUUGUCUGUUGUUUGCUGAGCUAACAGUGUUUUGCACACUACUGUAGUAGCAUGAAAACUGGGACAUGUUUUGUUGUGAUUCUCCAUGUUGACUGAUUUGGGUAUAUGGAGAGAAAUAAAUGAUAUUUUCCUCAGUCUGCAGCAUUGGUCUUGUGUAGUGUUUGUAUAGUUGCACUUUCUCUGUGUACUUCAUUUACAGUACUCUAAUCAUUGAGAAUUAGACUUGCUAAAGGUGUUUUAGGUUAGCAAAAGCAGUGUGUAACUGGUUCAAAAAGAUUGAAGUCAUAUGAAAUGUGUGUGUUUCGUAUGGUAACAAAAUAUUGUUUUUAUGAAGUUGUGUAUAGUUUUGACAAAAGUGUUCCAUUUUGCAAAAGAUCUGAAGUGUUGUGCUACUUUGGUGUAGGGUUGUGCUAAUUGUGUGUAGUGUUUUGACAAACCGGGCCCUGUUUUCAAAAUUGUGCUUAAACAAUUGAAAAAAACUGUAAAGAAAGCACCCAUUUCUCUAUCUCACUCCACCAUUCUAGUACCAAUAACCUAUCGGUACUUUCAAACCACAUGCUCCAUCUUUUUCCAUUGCUUUACACCCUAGUUGCCAAGGUUCUUGGCUUUCUCUGAACAGCUCGUUUUUUUCUUGGAAUUUGUUGAUCACAUUUUUGUCCGUUGACAUUUGGUUUAUUUGAUGUCUUUUGUAUUUGAUACUCCAAGUAGAAAUAGCCACAUUAUCUGUCCUGUCCCAGACACCUGUUAUCUGUCCUGUCCCAGACACCUGACUAAACCAACAUAUCAUUCCAGGCAGCAAACAAUCCUUCCCAGUCCACCUUUCUCUCCCACUCAAAUGUAUCCCCAUAUUUUACACCAGCGUGUGUUUGUAUUUGCACAGCGCCUCUUGACCUCUUAACUAUUUUUCUGGAUCUUGGGGUGAGGGGCAGCUCCCCAGCUACACUAUCAAUGGACAAACUCUGGAUGUCAAUAAGGCUGUGCGAUUGGUGUGAAUGCACAUCAUGGAGCACCAUCCCAUGACUGUCACAACAGACAUCAUAGAGAUGUCUGAGAGAGUUGUCUCUCUUUCCCGAUUGGUGUGAAUGCACAUCAUGGAGCACCAUCCCAUGACUGUCACAACAGACAUCAUAGAGAGAUGUCUGAGAGAGUUGUCUCUCUUCCCCUCUGCCUGAUAUAGCUGGGAGGCACCCCAGGCUGGAAGCUGUGACUGGGACCAGACCAGUGAGAGCAGAGAGGGUGACCUGCAUUUGGCAGCACAAUGGGACCUUUUGUCUCUGUGGCGAGGGCUUGUCCGUCCAGUGGGGGGUUGGUUGUGACGAGUUGGGCAGUCCCGUCAUGCAGGCCCUGCCUAGUGUCAGUGUAGACAAGGAGGAAGCUCCCUCUCAGUGUGGAGAAUGUGUGCAUUGACACCUAAAGUAGUGUCCUCUGAAUAAUCUCUCCAAAGACACUGGUUGGAAGUACUUUACCUCAUGUGGUAAUGCCACUAUCGGACAUUGCAUGUGCAUGCAAAUACAUAGUGCUUCCCCAAUCAUACUUUUGUUAUGAGCCCUGCCUUUCCCAUGACCCAGUGAGUUUUUCCCAUUACCCCCUUCACACCUUCCAGCUUUCUCACACCCUGAGUAUCUGCAUGGAUGCAGGGGUGGGGGGCAGGGACUGGAGACUUGGACUUGGAAUAAGUGCCAUUCCAAAUCCAAAUCAUUUGUUUGUUUUCGCUUCAUUUCACCCAUUUAAAUGAGGCAUCGGUUUCUACCAAUAACCAAUUUAGAAAUGAAAGGAUACCUCUCAGGACCUUGCACUUUUAUGCAGGCUUGUCGCAGUGGUAGUCAUCGCAAGUAUAGUCAUCAUGGCUAACCAGCCAACCAGCGGUUUGGCUCAAAAGGAGGUUUGUAGGUUGGAGAUUAGCGGAUGCCAGCUGCAGGUAUAUAACCUGAUUCAGUUCAGUGGUUAGGCGCUGGUACCCUGGCGCAGUGGUCUAAGGCACUGCAUCGUAGUGCUAGCUGUGCCACUAGAGAUCCUGGUUCGAAUCCAGGCUCUGUCAAGCCGGCCGCGACCGGGAGACCCAUGGGGCGGCGCACAAUUGGCCCAGCGUCGUCCGGGGUAGGGGAGGGAAUGGCCGGCAGGGAUGGUAGAGCAUGGCGUUUGCAACGCCAGGGUUGUGGGUUCGAUUCCCACGGGGGGCCAGUAUGGAAAAAUAUAAAUAAAAAUACCGUAUUUUCCGCACUAUAAGGCGCACCGGAGUAUAAGCCGCAGCAGCUAAAUUGAAUGAUAUUGAAUGAUGUGUACAUAUAUAAGCCGCACUGGACUAUAAGCCGCAGGUGUUUUAAUGUUUAAUUACCAUAUGUAAGGGUUCGUGCACAGAGGGGAUUGUCGGGAAAGAGACAAACUGUCUCGCUCUCGUAAUGUCUGUCUGUCUUGCUCUCGUUCUGUCUCUCGUUCUGUCUCUCGUACCACUCUCGGUUCCACUUUUACUUUUGCGCGCUACCCUGUCUCACUCUUUUCCGGCCUCCAGCAUUUCCUGCUGGAGCCCGCCGCUUAAAGGUGGGGGGCGCGGACCGGUCAUAGAGCCCAUAGAGUUAAAGUUGGUGGACUGUAACCUGUAAAAUCCAUAGAUUUAGGAGGUCUUCUAGUGGCCGUUAGCUGUAAAAAUCCAUAGAUUAGCCGCGCCGUUAUAUAAGCCGCAGGGUCGAAAAAUUGGAAAAAAGGCGCGGCUUAUAGUCCGAAAAUUACGGUAAUGUAUGCACUCACUAACUGUAAGUCGCUCUGGAUAAGAGCGUCUGCUGAAUGACUAAAAUGUAAACGUAAAUGUACUGAUUGUAUGAAAAUGUCACUGGAUCACUGCAUAGUGUUAUGGAUAUCAUCACGGCAUUAUCUCAGUGCCAUGAUUGCAUCCCUAAAUGUUGUGAUAGUGGUGAUAGUAUCACACCACUUUGGACAUUCAAAUUUAGCCACGAGGAACAGGCAUUUGCUUCAUGUUAUUUAUUAGGUUAAGUGUACUUAACAUGAACAAUGCACAUUGGUCAACAUUUCUGCAACUGUGCCAGAUUUAGCCAGCCGGCAAAUUUUCAUCUGUAGUUCCUGGGCAGUUUGUCAUCUUCACAGUUUUUAGGCCUCACAUCUUCAUCCAAGGAAGUCAACUUCCAGAUAGUCAAAUCAAGUUAAUGGCUAAAUUGUGUCUAAACCUUUCCAGAGUCCAGUCAUUAUCCCAGAAUUUCUGAGAUGCCAGUCUAUGGCCAGAUGGAGGGUUAAAUGAGGUGUAACGUUACAAAGUCUGGGUUGUUUAACUAGGCCUCCCCCCACCACAACUAGACCCACACAUCUGCCAUUGAUUACUUCUCCAGAUACUUUCCAUAAUCUCCCUCGUUGCUCUGGACUGAUGGCGUCCAGUCAGUUAAAAAGGGGCUAAUUUGAACAUUUCUGGAACUUAAGAAACGCAAAGCGCUGAUGUUCUCUUGAAUGAAACCAUGUGUUAGUUGGGAGAAGAAACGGCCAUGUCAGCAUGAGGAUUUCAAGAGUGGACUCGACUUGCAUUAACGGCAACACUGUCCCUCAGCAACAUAGUUGUCCAACAGCAAGGCUUUGUGAGAGUGAAGAGAAGAAUGGCCUCUGUAAGGACUCUCCCUUGUGUUUGAAUAGGCCAUUAGGUCUACUCAAGGCAGAUCUAUAUUCUCAUAAGCUUUGAGCAAUAAGCCUACAUUUCUCUCAUAGGAACCCUCUCCAUCACUAAAUGAAUCAAUCAAAUAAAAUGUGUGUAAAGGACAAUAACUAAUGUCUUUGAUAAUAGUCUCAAAGAUGAAGAAAUGUUAAGUAAAUGGUGUGGAGGAACGUUUCUGUGGAUGGAGACCUCAUGUACAAUGUACAGUCUAGACUCAAAGUGAUUGUGGCUGUGUUAUUAUAAUGUAGGCCUAGGGUGUACGAUCUUGGACCCACUGCAUAACUUGAUCCACCUGGUACCAAUAAGACCUGUAAUGGUUUUCAUGGCCAAAGUUAUUUUGAAAAAAGGCUUUGUGCCUAGCCCGCCUCGUCCAUCCUGUGAGUACUAGAACACACUGAGUACACACAGAGAUUAUUGUUAAUCUAUUGAAAAACAGACCCGCUACAUUUUUUAAGGAAUUCCAAGUGGAGCCAAGAAAAUACAGGCUUGAUCCAAUUUUCUGAAUCUGUUGUUUUGGUGAUUGUUCUCUUACUUUUACCUGGUUCAGAAGAACAUUGACCAGUUGCAGUUCUGGAUGCUGAAAGUACUCAAUGAAUUAUCGUACUGUUUAAUGUAAUUAAUCAAAUUCAAUCCCUCAUUUCCUCUACACUUAGAAAAAAGGGUUCCAAAAGGGUUCUUCGGCUGUCCCCAUAGGAGAAACCUUUUUGGUUCCAUGUAGAACCAUUUUUGGUUCCAUGUAGAAACCUCUGUGGAAAGGGUUCUACAUGGAACCCAAAGCGGUUCUAGUUGGAACCAAAAGGGUUCUACCUGGAACCAACAAGGGUUCUUCAAAGGGUUCUCCUAUGGGGACAGCUGAAUAACCCUUUUAGGUUCUAGAUAGCACCUUUUUUCCCAAGAGUGGACCAUGGGAUUUUUAUUAGCCUAAUAGUUGGAACAGCUUGGAUUGAGUUAGCCUGCUCUGUUGCUUUUCUCAUAUGUUAUGGAAUCAGCAGAUUCAGCACUCCUCUGAUUUUUCCAGCUGCCAAACAUGGGAAGGAUGUCCCUGGAGACACUCUGCAGUCUGAGCACCUGAAUGACCGUGCCCUCCAGACAGAGCAGUUUCUUUAGCCUCCCCUGAGAUCCACGGCAGGCCCGGCAAUACUGCAGCACACAGCCAUUUUCCCUAGAGAUAUAAUACGAGAGUGGUUGAUGUCAUAAACCUAUAAAGUUCUGGAAUAGCUGACAACUAUCUAUUUCUAUGGCCCUUCUCCUCUAAGGUUCUUCAAAAAAGCUGGCAUUAAGCCAGCGGAGCCAAAUGAUCCAUCAUCACUAUGACAACACUCCACCAUCAUUAUACUAACGCUACUUUGUACCACAUUGAAGAAGCUAGAGAAUAUCCAUUACCCUUGAACUUUUAAGUGUUUCUUGCGGUGACCAAACCUCUCUCUGCUGGCCAUUACAGUUAAAUGGCCAGGGAUUCAGGGGUGGCCAUUGGGCUGCUGUAUAUCCUCUGGGUGAAUUAAGAAUAAAUCAUUGUCUGCGGAGGCGGGAGGAGGCUGAGUGGACCUCUAAUGACCCUGGGCGUGGGAGGAAGGAAGCCUCACAGGACACUGAGAGGGCAAGACUUGCCGAUUACCCGUUUCCUUUUCUGUCCUGGGCAGGGUGAGACUGACUGCAGCUAUAGCCAAGUCAUCCCUUUUCUGUUGUGGAAGGAUUUGGGUUCUGUAGUGACAAUUUGAGGAUAGAGAGAGAGGAAUGAUGUUAGAACAUUGAGGAAUGCGUUUGAUCUCACCUGUGGAAUUCAGCCUCGGUCAGGGCUGGAUUGAACGAUACAAGGGAUGGGAAAUGUCACCUCUGUCUAUGUGACGUCCACAAGAACCCUCUCAACGUUCCAUGGCGUCCAAAGUGUUCAGUAUGCUACAUAUGCUUCUCCCUUUGAAGCACCUUUCAUCUUGGCUCCUGAAGCCAUUUUAUUCCUAUCAGGAGCCCCAGGCCCUCUUUCUCCCAUUUGUUUUGGCCUUGGCUUGGACUGAGCCCUGGUCGUUAAAGGAAUGCAGUCUCCAGUGCUCUAAGGGGGGCUUUCUGACGGUCCGGCAGGUAGUCUUGUGGCUGGCCUCUCUCCGGGACGCUGUAGAUGAGGUCACAAUCAGUCCCUCAGUUUGUGUGACUAAUGAAACAUCACUUCAAACCACUACCCGCCAAAUUAUUGCGCGGUGCGGUUGGUUGAUGUCCCGUCUCGGUACAGCCAGUUCUGUUUCUCAUGUGGCCUGAGCCACAUUGGCUGUCCACUCAUCUGAAAGAAAUAUGCAAUGUGCCGUGCUCACAGUGAGAAUUCCUCUCUGUGUUGUCACCCAGCAUGGAUUGGCUUUUGGCAGAGCUAGCAUACAGUAAAUGAGUCCUGUUCAAUGUCCUCAGGGCCUUGGUAAGCUCUUAAUAAUAGGCUACUUUUUUGUCACAGACUUUCAACUGCUGGGUUUUUCCCUCAGGUCAGUCUCACAAUAGGGGAAAAGAUACAGUGAGGGAAAAAAGUAUUUGAUCCCCUGCUGAUUUUGUACGUUUGCCCACUGACAAAGAAAUGAUCAGUCUAUAAUUAAAAUGGUAGGUUUAUUUGAACAGUGAGAGACAGAAUAACAACAAAAAAAUCCAGAAAAACGUAUGUCAAAAAUGUUAUAAAUUGAUUUGCAUUUUAAUGAGGGAAAUAAGUAUUUGACCCCUCUGCAAAACAUGACUUAGUACUUGGUGGCAAAACCCUUGUUGGCAAUCACAGAGGUCAGACGUUUCUUGUAGUUGGCCACCAGGUUUGCACACAUCUCAGGAGGGAUUUUGUCCCACUCCUCUUUGCAGAUCUUCUCCAAGUCAUUAAGGUUUCGAGGCUGACGUUUGGCAACUCAAACCUUCAGCUCCCUCCACAGAUUUUCUAUGGGAUUAAGGUCUGGAGAUUGGCUAGGCACUCCAGGACCUUAAUGUGCUUCUUCUUGAGCCACUCCUUUGUUGCCUUGGCCGUGUGUUUUGGGUCAUUGUCAUGCUGGAAUACCCAUCCACGACCCAUUUUCAAUGCCCUGGCUGAGGGAAGGAGGAUCUCACCCAAGAUUUGACGGUACAUGGCCCCGUCCAUCGUCCCUUUGAUGCGGUGAAGUUGUCCUGUCCCCUUAGCAGAAAAACACCCCCAAAGCAUAAUGUUUCCACCUCCAUGUUUGACGGUGGGGAUGGUGUUCUUGGGGUCAUAGGCAGCAUUCCUCCUCCUCCAAACACGACGAGUUGAGUUGAAGGCAAAGAGCUCCAUUUUGGUCUCAUCUGACCACAACACUUUCACCCAGUUCUCCUCUGAAUCAUUCAGAUGUUCAUUGGCAAACUUCAGACGGGCAUGUACAGUGGGGAAAAAAAGUAUUUAGUCAGCCACCAAUUGUGCAAAUUCUCCCACUUAAAAAGAUGAGAGAGGCCUGUAAUUUUCAUCAUAGGUACACGUCAACUAUGACAGACAAAUUGAGAAAAAAAAUCCAGAAAAUCACAUUGUAGGAUUUUUUAUGAAUUUAUUUGCAAAUAAUGGUGGAAAAUAAGUAUUUGGUCACCUACAAACAAGCAAGAUUUCUAGCUCUCACAGACCUGUAACUUCUUUUUUAAGAGGCUCCUCUGUCCUCCACUCGUUACCUGUAUUAAUGGCAACUGUUUGAACUUGUUAUCAGUAUAAAAGACACCUGUCCACAACCUCAAACAGUCACACUCCAAACUCCACUAUGGCCAAGACCAAAGAGCUGUCAAAGGACACCAGAAACAAAAUUGUAGACCUGCACCAGGCUGGGAAGACUGAAUCUGCAAUAGGUAAGCAGCUUGGUUUGAAGAAAUCAACUGUGGGAGCAAUUAUUAGGAAAUGGAAGACAUACAAGACCACUGAUAAUCUCCCUCGAUCUGGGGCUCCACGCAAGAUCUCACCCCGUGGGGUCAAAAUGAUCACAAGAACGGUGAGCAAAAAUCCCAGAACCACACGGGGGGACCUAGUGAAUGACCUGCAGAGAGCUGGGACCAAAGUAACAAAGCCUACCAUCAGUAACACACUACACCGCCAGGGACUCAAAUCCUGCAGUGCCAGACGUGUCCCCCUGCUUAAGCCAGUACAUGUCCAGGCCCGUCUAAAGUUUGCUAGAGUGCAUUUGGAUGAUCCAGAAGAGGAUUGGGAGAAUGUCAGAUGAAACCAAAAUAUAACUUUUUGGUAAAAACUCAACUCGUCGUGUUUGGAGGACAAAGAAUGCUGAGUUGCAUCCAAAGAACACCAUACCUACUGUGAAGCAUGGGGGUGGAAACAUCAUGCUUUGGGGCUGUUUUUCUGCAAAGGGACCAGGACGACUGAUCCGUGUAAAGGAAAGAAUGAAUGGGGCCAUGUAUCAUGAGAGCAUUGAAGAUGAAACGUGGCUGGGUCUUUCAGCAUGACAAUGAUUCCAAACACACCGCCCGGGCAACGAAGGAGUGGCUUCGUAAGAAGCAUUUCAAGGUCCUGGAGUGGCCUAGCCAGUCUCCAGAUCUCAACCCCAUAGAAAAUCUUUGGAGGGAGUUGAAAGUCCGUGUUGCCCAGCGACAGCCCCAAAACAUCACUGCUCUAGAGGAGAUCUGCAAGGAGGAAUGGGCCAAAAUACCAGCAACAGUGUGUGAAAACCUUGUGAAGACUUACAGAAAACGUUUGACCUGUGUCAUUGCCAACAAAGGGUAUAAAACAAAGUAUUGAGAAACUUUUGUUAUUGACCAAAUACUUAUUUUCCACCAUAAUUAGCAAAUAAAUUCAUUAAAAAUCCUACAAUGUGAUUUUCCGGAUUUUGUCUGUCAUAGUUAACGUGUACCUAUGAUGAAAAUUACAGGCCUCUCUCAUCUUUUUAAGUGGGAGAACUUGCACAAUUGGUGGCUGACUAAAUACUUUUUUCCCCUACUGUAUAUGUGCUUUCUUGAGCAGGGGGACCUUGCGGGCACUGCAGGAUUUCAGUCCUUCACAGUGUAGUGUGUUACCAAUUGUUUUCUUGGUGACUAUGGUCCCAGCUGCCUUGAGAUCAUUGACAAUAUCCUCCCGUGUAGUUCUGGGCUGAUUCCUCACCGUUCUCAUGAUCAUUGAACGGCUCUAUUACUUUACCAGAAUGGCAGGUGCGUGUUACCUUGCAUUAUACCCCAUAAUCUAAGUAUUCAAAGAUAUUGAAGUAGGAUUAGGCCUCAGGCUUUGGCUUAAUUGAGAUUCCCUUCCUUACUUUCUCUCACUCCCCCUCCCUCCCUCUAUCCUUGCUGUGGCAACUGUAGUCCAGUAGAACACAACCUGUCUCCUGUAAUUUAUCUCACUCCUAAGGUAAAUAUUAUACACAGAUUUCCUAAACGUGUACUGUACCAAGUGCCUUGGUCUGGGUCAUGUAAACAACACACUGAAUACAUGUCCAGAUGUCCAGGGCUGUCUGUAACUUCUCAAAAUCAUUAAUCUACCUACCUAGCUAGCCUAUCAUAUUUCACUUCUGAGGACCCAUUUCUCAGAAAAGAUCCACGUUGGAAAUGGGAAACUAGAUUUGCUGGGUGUCUAUUUUUUUAUUUCCCAUCUGUAAGUCGAUGUCAGUGGCUGAGGACCAACUCCUGGUUCUGCCCAUAUCAGAAGCCCUGCCACUGCUGUUUAAUGGCCAUUUCAGGGGCCAAGGGCUUUGCCUCUUAGACCCCAUUCACAAGCAGCCACUCCUCAGUGUUUGUCUUUGUGAGUGUUAUCUUGACUGCUUUAAGCACAGAUGACGGCUAACAGGGACCAGGCACAGAGGAACAGUCCAAAAGUCCCAACCGCCUACCAGCUGUUUGCUGUCGAAGACAGCUUUGCAGGCUUAGAACGCCUCUCAACCAAUCAUAAUGCCUGGCCGGAACUAACAGUUUUAUAAUGAGACAGUAACAGAAAGGGGAGAUGAUUGGUGCAUGAAGGCUAUGUCAAAGAGAACAUACACUGAGUUUACAAAACAUUAGGAAAACCUUCCUAAUAUUGAUUUCCACCCCCUUUUGCUCUCAGAACAGCCUCAAUUCGUCAGGGCAUGAACUAUACAGUGAGGGAAAAAAGUAUUUGAUCCCCUGCUGGUUUUGUACGUUUGCCCACUGACAAAGAAAUGAUCAGUCUAUCAUUUUAAUGGUAGGUUAAUUUGAACAGUGAGAGACAGAAAAAUCCAGAAUAACGCAUGUAAAAAAUGUUAUAAAUUGAUUUGCAUUUUAAUGAGGGAAAUAAGUAUUUGACCCCCUCUCAAUCAGAAAGAUUUCUGGCUCCCAGGUGUCUUUUAUACAGGUAACGAGCUGAGAUUAGGAGCACACUCUUAAAGGGAGUGCUCCUAAUCUCAGUUUGUUACCUGUAUAAAAGACACCUGUCCACAGAAGCAAUCAAUCAAUCAGAUUCCAAACUCUCCACCAUGGCCAAACACCAAAGAGCUCUCCAAGGAUGUCAGGGACAAGAUUGUAGACCUACACAAGGCUGGAAUGGGCUACAAGACCAUCGCCAAGCAGCUUGGUGAGAAGGUGACAACAGUUGGUGCGAUUAUUAGCAAAUGGAAGAAACACAAAAGAACUGUCAAUCUCCCUCGACCUGGGGCUCCAUGCAAGAUCUCACCUCGUGGAGUUGCAAUGAUCAUGAGAACGGUGAGGAAUCAGCCCAGAACUACACGGGAGGAUCUUGUCAAUGACCUCAAGGCAGCUGGGACCAUAGUCACCAAGAAAACAAUUGGUAACACUCUACGCCGUGAAGGACUGAAAUCCUGCAGCGCCCGCAAGGUCCCCCUGCUCAAGAAAGCACAUAUACAUGCCCGUCUGAAGUUUGCCUAUGAACAUCUGAAUGAUUCAGAGGAGAACUGGGUGAAAGUGUUGUGGUCAGAUGAGACCAAAAUGGAGCUCUUUGACAUCAACUCAACUCGCCAUGUUUGGAGGAGGAGGAAUGCUGCCCAUGACCCCAAGAACACCAUCCCCACCGUCAAACAUAGAGGUGGAAACAUUAUGCUUUGGGGGUGUUUUUCUGCUAAGGGGACAGGACAACUUCACCGCAUCAAAGGGACGAUGGACGGGGCCAUGUACCGUCAAAUCGUGGGUGAGAACCUCCUUCCCUCAGCCAGGGCAUUGAAAAUGGGUCGUGGAUGGGUAUUCCAGCAUGACAAUGACCCAAAACACACGGCCAAGGCAACAAAGGAGUGGCUCAAGAAGAAGCACAUUAAGGUCCUGGAGUGGCCUAGCCAGUCUCCAGACCUUAAUCCCAUAGAAAAUCUGUGGAGGGAGCUGAAGGUUUGAGUUGCCAAACGUCAGCCUCGAAACCUUAAUGACUUGGAGAAGAUCUGCAAAGAGGAGUGGGACAAAAUCCCUCCUGAGAUGUGUGCAAACCUGGUGGCCAACUACAAGAAACGUCUGAUCUCUGUGAUUGCCAACAAGGGUUUUGCCACCAAGUACUAAGUCCUGUUUUGCAGAGGGGUCAAAUACUUAUUUCCCUCAUUAAAAUGCAAAUCAAUUUAUAACAUUAUUGACAUGCGUUUUUCUGGAUUUUUUGGUUGUUAUUCUGUCUCUCACUGUUCAAAUAAACCUACCAUUAAAAUUAUAGACUGAUCAUUUAUUUGUCAGUGGGCAAAUGUACAAAAUCAGCAGGGGAUCAAAUACUUUUUUCCCUCACUGUAUAACGCAGGGUUCUUCAAUUCCAGUCCUGGAGGGCCGAAACACUUCUGUUUUUUAUUUCUACCUCGUAGUUAAUUGCACUCACCUGGUGUCCCAGGUCUGAAUUAGCCCCUGAUUAGAAGGAGAGGAUGAAAAACAGAGGUGUUUCGGCCCUCCAGGACCUGAAUUGAAGAACCCUGGUAUAACGUGUCGAAAGCUUCCCACAGGAAUGCUGGCCCAUGUUGACUCCAAUGCUUCCCACAGUUGUGUCAAGUUGACUGGAUGUCCUUUGGGUGGUGGACCAUUCUUGAUACACACGGGAAACUGUUGAGUGUGAAAACCCAGCAGCAAUGUAGUUCUUGACACACUCAAACCGGUGCACCUGGCACCUACUACCAUACCCUGUUCAAAGGCACUUAAAUAUUUUGUCUUGCCCAUUCACCCUCUGAAUGGCACACAUUCACAAUCCAUGUCUCAAUUGUCGCAAUGCUUAAAAUUCCUUCUUUAACCUGUCUCUUCCCCUUCAUCUACAUUGAUUGACGUGGAUUUAACAGGUGACAUCAAUAAGGGAACAUAGCUUUCACCUGGAUUUACUUGGUUAGUCUAUGUCAUGGAAAGUGUAAUGUUUUGUACACUCAGUGUAAAUACAGUAUAAUUUUACUAGACCCUUAAGCACUGCUGGAGUCCUGCUCGAUAUACAGGCUUAUAACUGCUCCUGAGGUGUUAUACUAAUAAACAGGCCACUCUAAUGCUUUAAUGGGAUAGGUUUUCCAUGCCUCUCCACACAUUGUAGACUGCAAAAUUGGCCAAUUCCAGCAAUCCUUCGCUCCCCUGCUUGCUGAAUUACAGUCAAACUGUCAAAAAAGUUUUAUGAUGUUGGGCCUAGUCCUUUUGAAUGUGCACGCCAGGGCAACAAAACCCACAUCUCAUUUUAAUGUGGAAAGGCUGUAAACACCCAAUGUUCCUCAGUCAGUCAAAUGGAUGGAGCAGUCCAUACAUGUUCAGCACAGGUGUUUUCCAUAUAUGGCCAGGUAUUUGUCCAUAUAUGGUCAACACAGGUGUUUUCCUUAUAUGGCCAGGUAUUUGUCCAUAUAUGGUCAGCACAGGUGUUCUUCGUACAUGGCCAGGUAUUUGUCAAUACAUGGUCAGCACAGGUGUUUUCCGUAUAUGGCCAGGUAUUUGUCCAUAUAUGGUCAGUACAGGUGUUCUUCGUACAUGGCCAGGUAUUUGUCCAUAUAUGGUCAGUACAGGUGUUCUUCAUAUAUGGCCAGGUAUUUGUCCAUAUAUGGUCAGCACAGGUGUUCUUCGUACAUGGCCAGGUAUUUGUCAAUACAUGGUCAGUACAGGUGUUCUUCGUACAUGGCCAGGUAUUUGUCCAUACAUGAUCAGUACAAGUGUUCUUCGUACAUGGCCAGGUAUUUGUCCAUACAUGAUCAGUACAAGUGUCGUCCAUCCAUAUAGUAAAUGUGAACGAGAGGCUUGCAUUCUGCCUUCGAGUCUAGAGUGAAGAGAGACGCCCGUCAAUGGCGUGGAAUUUGCGCACACGGCAUAGCGUAUGCCAACGGAAAUCCAUAAUAAACAGUUAUAUAUGUUCGCUAUGAAGCCCCUGGGAAUUAUUGUUGUGAGUUACUUUUGACUCACCUUAGAUGUCCUACGGGAGCCACCGUACCUGUGCUAAACCCGAGUUGUUUAUAAACAACCAAGUCUUAUUCUUCUACGUAAACAGUCCUCAAGUUUUCCAGCCGUAGCCUGUCUAGGUUAUAUGCCUAUGAUCGAAAUCAACACAGUUAGGCUGCAAUUGUUUUCAAAUAUGUAGCCUAUUUGACUGAUAAACCUUAGCUUACAGCUCAAUACAUUUUAAACUACAUCUUUAGUCUACUUAGCAUAGAGGAACUGUAAUGAUCUUCCCUUUUCUACAAAUGACCCCACGCAAUCUAUCUGCUUAUUUGACCAGAAUUGCUCCACGUAGACGCAAGAAAAAUAGACUUGCUUUCUAAUUUGACGCGCUAUGAUGCCUUUGAUGCUCGUGGCCCUUCUGUUUUCUCUCACUCAUAUGCGUUCUAUUUCCAGCAUGAGCACACUUUCCAUUAGAAUUGAGCUUGAGGCUUGUGGCUGGCAGGGAUGUGAACUGGAAUGUGUGGAAUGAGUCUGGUCGCUGCAUUAAUCCAGCAGGGGGGAUCUGAAGGGGGUGUAGUAAUGGGGAAGCAGUCUGCCUACAGUCCACAGUGUGAGAUAGGCCCUGUCCACACUGUCUCGUGGCCGGUUGGGACUUCCCCUGGAGGAGCCAGGCCAACCAACAAUGAUCUUCAUUUUACUCUGGUUUGGACUCUGGUAUCUGCUGACUGACAUACUGCUUCUCACCACACAACACUUGGAUGAUGCCUUUAUUUGUUGCAGAGUGCAUCUGCUAUAAGUUAUCAGAGUUCAUUGUGAGACAUUUCCUCUCUCUUUUUUGUUAAACUGAUGAAAACUAGACUAUCCUCAAUUAAAGCUACAGACCACCAGUUUGUCUUCAUUAUCCACCACGGCCCAGUUGAUGUGUUGUACCUCUAUUUAUAUCAAACUGGUUUCUGAGGUCAUCCUCCUUCAAAGCCACUUUGUUAACAGCAAAAGCGACCUCUGGAGCUGGGUUUUCUGAGGCGAGUGUUUCCACUCCAUUGCCUCUCCUUAAUGCCGACAUCAGCCUUCAAUAGCGGAGGCUGGCCCAGGCCCAGCAGACCACAGGCUCACAAUGAGUUCACUGUCCGUGGGCUGAGAUCUGCUCCCUCUGCCCCUCUCUGCUCUUCUCCCUAUCCUCCCUUACAUUUACAUCAUUUAGCAGAGGCUCUUUUUUUUUCAUACUAUUUUUAUUUAUUUAUUUUUUUAGUCAUUUAGCAGACGCUCUUAUCCAGAGCGAUUUACAGGAGCAAUUAGGGUUAAGUGCCUUGCUCAAGGGCACAGCGACAGAUUUUUCACCUAGUCGGCUCGGGGAUUAGAACCAGCGACCUCUCGGUUACUGGCACAACGCUCUUAACCACUAAGCUACCUGCCGCCCCAUACUAGCCCCCCAUGGGAAACGAACCCACAACCCUGGCGUUGCAAACGCCAUGCUCUACCAACUGAGCUACACGGGACUACCCUUCUCUCCUCUCCAUUGCAAACGCCACAUGCAGAGCCACUGUGUUCCCGUCAAAGCCCAAAAUGUCCUCAAAUUUUUCACUUUGUCACAGGUUUGAAAGACAGUGACGUGUGUGUGUUUUCUUUUUUGUUGGUCUAUGGUGUAUGGAGGAGCUCAAGUGGAGCCAUCCAGCCAAGCCUAGUGGUUAACUUGUUAAUUAGGUUAUAAAUUAUUAAGUAAUUAUUAUAUUAUUUUGAACAUUAAUAACAAAACUUUUGGUACUGCCUUUUUCCUUCCCAUGAUACAGUCCAUUACUAAAUAAUUGGCCAAACACUGUACAACUGAAUAGGUUUUGUAAUCAUUUUUAUACUCUCUUCAAAUAUUUUAACAACCAAUCCUAUCCUAUUCCAUGGAGCAGCCUCUUGAGGCUAUCCAAAAUAAUCAAGUCAUGUGAAGCUGGAAAGAACACUACCAAUCAUGUGAAUCCCACACAACGGUUCUUAUGACUAGGCUAUAAAGCAAUGUUACAGAAAUAACAGCUCUGCUUGGUUCCCCAUCUAUGCCCACCAUGGCUUCUACCCCUCAAAUAGUCAUCAGAGUUCUUGGAGAGGUUGUUGAGGUCGAAACAUUGGCAUUAAUUAAUGGAAUUCGAGAGCGUCCAGGCUUGUGUCGUUACCGUGUCCAGGGGUGUGAAAGACCUUAAUAUCCGAGAGAGAGUGUCACUUCCAGUGACUCAGGAAGAGGUCAUGGGAAAUGUCAGUGGCCAGCCACCAUCUGUAGAAUCUGUAGCGGAGACGGUGGAAGGCUGUUUGCCUCAGCUCAGAAGGAAGAGGGGGAAAUCCCAUUUGGAGGAGGGAGAAACAAAUAAAACAUGUCCCGCUUCUGAGUCUGGUUUAAUAUCAAUAUCAAGUUUCCAAUGUAGUUCUUCAGAUGUGGUCAAAAACAUGAUUAUGGUAUUACGUCAAAUAAUUAAUAUAAUGCAAAGUAAACAUUAAUAUGACUGGCUGCCCACAAUAAGCAGAUUCCUGUUUUGCUACUUUCGUUGUAGAACUACUUUUAUUGCACGUCAAGACUUUUCUCCACACCCCUUUUAAUCCGCUAAGUGAGGAUGAAUGGAGAGGAGAUGUACAGUACCUACUUGCAUGCCCAGCAGCAGCCCAAACUCACUGUGUCAGACAAAGAUGGAAACCAGUAGCACCUCUGUCUCUGUUCCUAAGAGAUGGUGAAGACCUGCUAGAUUUGAACAUGACACGUUAAAUUCAUCACUUGUUACAUCACAGCGACAAUUCCAAAUGUCACAUGAAUUCAUCGGAAUGCUUUGUUGUGCACUAGCUUUGUUGUGCAUGUAUCUAGCCAUCUCGUAGCUCGGGGUGAAAUUCCUGAGAUAAUGAAGAAAUCUAAUAAAAUCAACGUUUAUUGGUCUCGUACAGUUUAUGUUAGAGCGGGUGCAGCUAAAUACUUAUGUAACUAGCUCCUAACAAUGCAGUAAAAGGUCAAACAAGUAUACAAAUAAUAAAAAACAAAAAAAUGCAUGAUGUAUAUGAAUAAUCCUCCAAUCAAAUAAUAUUUGGAAAUGAAAUAAUUUGAGUCAUUGAUGUCCAUGAAAAGCUGAUGAGGUUUAGCCUAGAGACUAGUGUUACUCCUCUGGUGAAAAGAUGCACCCCUGUCUUGAAUUAUUGACUGUGGUACCUCAUAGGAGCCAAUAUAAUAAUAAUGCACCACAAUCCUUUCCAUUCACCUUUCCACUGUGCAUCAUGAUUCUCCCAGAUUGGAUUGGCAUGUAUUCCCAGACACCAUCGGGUUAUUGAUGUCUUCAGGGGUAAAGCCGAUCUAACAUAGAGGUUCUCCUCCUCGGUACAGAUACAGAUUGGACAGAAGGCUGUCUUCAGGGCUACGAUGCUGUUCUGCUUCUGA